UAUUUUGGAUUAUUUCAUGGUCUUUUUCUCCUAUUUAAAUGAAGCUGAGGAAGCGAUUUUCGCAACGAAUGCGAAUUGAAAAAAAAAAAAAGGACGAAGAGUCAUUUGAAUGAGAAUUCUGAAGUGGAGGAGAAGCACUCGUCGGAGGAAAAAUGGAGUCAAUCGAUGAGAGUUAGUGGUGAACUCAAGCGACGGAGACGGCCGGCUCCACAUUCGGGCACGAACUGGUCCGAGUUUACUGGUACGACCCACAUCAGUAAGGGUGCUUUUCCAGAACAGCUACCGACUGCUAAUGAUGAUGAACCAGAUUUGAUCCGCCUAGAAACUGUUAAUUAUGAUGAAUUAGAUUUGGUCCACCAAGAAAGCCAUUUGCUAGAGAUUGCUAAUGGUAUUUUAUCUGAUCAAAAACAACUCCCUGACAACCAAGAUGGCUGGCGUUUAAAGAAAGUUGGUGAAGCAAAUGCUGACAGCGAAAAUUAUCUCAGACAGACAACGCUAGAAACUGAUCAUGUUGAAAGAGAUUUGGGCAGCCAAAAUAUUCAAGUGUCGAAUGGUGAUGAAGAAAAUGGAGGCAGUAAUAAUCACGAUGACUCGAGUUUAAAGGAUGUUUUAACAUGGGUUUUCCCUAUCACCAACUUUACCCUGGAACUCCCUUCAGCGGUUUUCGAUCAGCUUUCCUCCAAAGAUCACCCUCAUUACGCGCUUAUUAUGAUGUUAAUUUCGUUCAUAGCAUUGAUGGCUUGCAUCGCUGAGCUUUUUUACAAAGGUUAAAAGGAAAGAGUUACUUGGCAGCGGAGAGGCAGAGUACCUUGGUUUUAUUGUCCACAAACCGGCAAGCCUUUUUGUAGCCUCUGGGAUAUCAUCGGAUUUGCUUAUGCUUUCCUUCAGUGUGUUGUUACAGCCAUCAAUUAUUCUUUUAUUUCUCGACAUCUUAACGGCCCUAUCAAAACAUCUGCUUUGCCAACCCUCUUUGCUUGCGGUUUGUUGUGAUCUAAAUAUUUCGAGAAGCCAGGCGGGAACAGAGGAGGGAAGCCGGAUGGGGGCAGUGCCGCUGACUUUGUUCAAGUUCGUGUAGUGCCGUAGCUUACCACGAUCACAGUCAGGAUUUUGUCCUUAAAUUUUGUUUUUUUUUUUUGAAAAGCUGGAAAAUUUUUGUUGUAUUAUCUUGUAAAUUGUUCUCACAUGCUUUCAGCAUAUGCCCAUUGUGCUUCCCUUAUACUUUCAAUGACUACAACGAAAGUUUGACUGUCAUUCCA